CCCGCGCUACCUGGCAAACAGUGGUCCGAUGCUACCUAGGUACCUGCAGGCCAGGCAUUUGCCCCUCUGCUGCCGCCGCUUCAGCCACUGCCCAGUCCAGAAUCCAGGUUGACGCACAGGACCCAGGACCUAGGUACUGGCUGGCCUGGUCUGACCAGGCGGGCGCCGGUGCUGUCACGCUCACCGUUACGGUUGCUUUGCCGCUGCUGGUUGCUACAGUACAUGUUGGCAGUUUGGGUGCUCCCUCCCCCAGCCUGCCAGCGCGUGUUUCUCAUGGCCCUGUGGUGUGCCCUGUGCCCUGUGCCCUGUGCCCCCUGUUCCCCUCCCGCCAAAAGGUUGUGUGUGGUUGUGUGCUUCGCCCUGCCCGGCCCUGCGCUGCCUCGUGUCUAGUCGUGUGUGUGUCGUGUCGUGUCGUGUUGUGUUGUGUUGUUGUCUCGAACGUGCUGCGCUCACUCACUACCCACCUGGGUAAGGCACAUACCUGCAUCGGUGCUACAGGGAGCUAGCUAGCUCUGCUUACUGCGCCUGCCUCGCUCCCGGGUUCCCGUCCUGAUUCCUUCGUCCUCGAGCACACGCAUCCUCUCUCCUAUCUCAUUCUCCCUCCUCUUCCCACCUUUUUGGCUGCCGACCGGGCUGCAAGUGGAAUAGACAGAGCACACAAUUGUUUUGUGGUGCUUCUCUUCUCUUCGGGCCCCUUUUCCCUUCUGUUCCUGCGGCGCGAAGGCGGCUUUAUCGUCCCAUCCCAUCCCAUCCCAUCCGCCCCCCUCCCACCACCCUUUUAACGCCAUUCCCGACUCCGUCAUUCCGUCCGGCUCAGCCCAGCCCAGUCCCAGCCCGUGACUGCCGGAACUACUCCCCCUCCCUCACCACCCCCCCAAUCUCUCUCAUCCUCUCUGCCCUCACCUCAGCAGCUGCAGCGGCAGACUCUACCUCCGUCUCUGCCACCGCCACGCCCGCCCAUCCCCCAAUCCUCAAUCCUCAACACCCGUCCUUGUCCUCGUCCUCGUCACCCGUCUUCGUCACCCGUCCUCGCCCUCGCCCUCGCCCUCGCCCUCGACCAGCCCCCCGACCCCCCCGACCCGACCAGGACCUCGACCCCCCGACCCUGAGUCUCGACCCGGGCUGCCGUGUGGCCUCGUCAUUACCCAUGUGGACAUCAUCAUGAACGCCAUGAACAAGAUAGCAAACAUGAGAAACUGGUCAGAGCGGAUGAGUCCCGCCUUUGGCAUGUCUUCAAGGCCCAAUCUCGGUGGCAUGUCCAUGCAGGGUCUCCAUCCUCACCACAAGAUGGCGCCUCAGGGUGCUUCCCCCAUAACUCCACCCCAGAUCGGCGACUCCAUCAUACACCAUGCCUUCAACGUCCCCUUCGCCUCCGAGCUGGCCGGCCCCGACACCGAGGAUAUCCUGCAUGCCACCACCGACGCCGUCCUGCGCUGGACACAUCCUGCCGAGGCUCCCGAUGAUGUCCCCGUCUACGAGCUCCCCGUCCACACCGACAACCUCGCCAAGCUGAGGAAGAUGUGCAAGGACAUCACCACCAGCCCCCUCCCCAUCGAGGCCCACGUCAUCUCGACCAUCCCCAAGCACGUCAAGGGCCAGGUCACCACCGUCUGCCUCUCCGGCUCCCACGAGCUGGUCUGGCAGACCCGCGAGAAGAUCCUGAACGAGACCCCUCUGUCUCUGCGUUGCACUACCGUCGACAUUGACGGUGACAUGGUCGCCGACAUCAACGCCGGCUCACUGAAGCACGUCGUCACCGAGACUAUCGACAAGAUCUCCGCCUUUUGCGGUGUCGACAUCUUCCUCCUCGGCCCCAAGCUCACCCCUAUCGUGGAUGGUGUGAACGGUGAUGUCGAGGUUCGAAGAGAUCAACGGUGGCGGGUUGCCAUUUACGGCGACAUUCUGUCUUCGGAACACGCAAAGACGCGCAUUCUGGUCUCGAUUGACCAGUGGCUGGGUCGCAUCGUUGACAUGUUCCACAUGGACUUUACCCUGCAACAGGCAAUCUGCGGUCGUAACAGGAAGAACAUCAAGCUGAUCGAAUCUGCUACCGGCACUGCUAUCUACUUCCCCCCGCCGUACUCGAGGUACUUCCGAUACUGUCCAAAGAACGCAUCGGCCCGGGAUCCCAACGAGAUCAUCAUCACCGGAGACAAGCCUCGGCAGAUUGAGCUCGCCAAGAUCAAGCUGCAUGAUCUGCUCAGCCGGUGCAGGCUUUACGUCAAGGAUGUUCCAAUGCCACCGGAGAAGGUCGAUACAAUUCUCUUGACUCGGCUGGACAAGGUGCGAAAAAUCGUCGAGGCCAAUGGAAGCUACAUCCAGUUUCCUCCCUUGGGAUCGCGGUCAACCCCAGUGCGGAUCCAGGCCACCGAGAAUCUACACAUUGAGCGAACCGUGCGGGAGCUUAUGUCUCUUGCUGGCCAGUUCUACAGUGGGUUCUGGGCCGCCCAGCCAGAUGGCCGGCGGUUGCCUGAGGACAACGACAUCAGGCUCAUGCUUGGGGACAUCUGUGCCAAUUCUGACGCCGAGAUUUCGUUCCAGCGCCUGUCCUUCACCAUCGAUGGCUCUGACGAUGCUGUUAAGGCAGCCCUACACGUGAUCUCCCAGAUCAAAUUUGUGACACAGACACAGUACACCAUCAGGGUCAAGAUUGAGCUGGCGAAUGAGCACAAGGAGUUUGUCAGUGGCAAGAAGAACGGCAAGAUCAACAAGAUCAUGGGACAGAGCAACGUACAAAUCAUGUUCGAGAACUUCGGCGAGUACAACUUCAACAUCGACGUCAACGCCUCUUCCUACGACUCGAUGAAGCAGGGCUUGGGCCUUGUGGAACAGGAGAUGCCGGCGUCCAUCUCAUUCCACGUCCCUGACCAGUACCACAAGCGGAUCAUCGGCAUUGGUGGCCAGCACAUCCAGCGCAUCAUGAAGAAGCACUCUGUCUUCGUCAAGUUCUCCAACGCUCAGGAGCGCAAUGGUAUGAUCCGAGAAGAUGAUGAUAACACGCUGGACAAUGUCAUCUGCCGCACCCCUGCGCGAAAUGCUCAGAACCUCGAGCUCGUCAAGUCCGAGAUCUUGGAGAUGGUCGAUCGUGUCGACUCAGAGUUCACUUCUCAGGUGGUUCCUGUCGACCGUUUGUACCACCGUCAGCUGCUCGCUCGCCUCUCGGACAUUGCAAUCAUGGAAAAGAAGUGGAAUUGCAAGAUUAUCUUCCCAAGCACUGAGCAGGCCAGCGACGAGGUCACCUUCACUGGUCCUCAGUGGCAGGUGCCUCUCUGUGUGGAUGAGUUCUUAGGCAUGGUUCCCGACAACCACGAGCUUGUUCUGGCCCGAACGCCAGCUCUGAUCAAGUACCUGGAGUCUCCUGAAUUUGUCAACGAAGUUGUGCAGAAGCUCAAGGCACAACACGAGGUUGACCUGACUGUUCAUCAGAACGCAACGGAGCUUACCGAAGAUGGCAAACCGACAGUCACCCUACUGUGGACCUUCACUCGAAACAACGCUGGCGGUCUACGUGAUGCUAUGGAGCUUCUACACGGGUGCUUUGCUACUGCGGGUGUCGAAGAGACCAUCAUCAAAGGAUCUAUGCCAAGGCCCAAGUCGGACACUUUUGAGGAAUCCCUUCAGUACUUCGACUCCAAGCUUCUGCAGCACGCGCCGACAACAGUCGCUACUGACUCGCCCACGAAGACUGCCUUCGGCGAUGAAGUGGCCCGGGAGCGCAGCACAAUCUUCGACAAGCUUCGCAAGCCAGGGAGCAUGUCGUCGAUCUCGUCCUUCUUGGACCGCCGCAAGAACAGCUCUCACUCUGCCAGCAACUUCUUCAAGGGCUCGAGCAACGUGUCCAAAUCUUCUCUCAUCUCCAUUGAGUCAACCCGCAGCUUUAAUGCUGAACGUAACCCCUGGAACGACAGCGGUGUAAACUUACCCGACGACGAUAGCCCCUGGCCAAACCGUCCCUUCGGCAACGGCGCCGAACACAAGCCGACGCCCAACGGCAUCGCCCAGCCUGGCGAUGUCACCCCCCGCCACAAUACCCGACAGUCCGCCGACAGCGGCCGUCCUUCCACUGCUCAUUCUACGAAUUCUGGAUACCCCGGUCCUAUUGGUGGGCCAUACCAUUAGAUGUCUUCGUUUUUAGAAACUCUUGCGUCAAAAUACCCGGCUGGAUAUACCCUGGCGUAAAAAAAUACCCGGAAUGUUGUUGCAUUUUGGUCGGCCCGAUUCCCCUCGGUUCUUCACUUUUGACUUUACAACUACUCGAUGUCUACCCCGGUUUCAGCGUCGCCUGGCCCCGAGCAUGUGCGCUCUCAGAGGUCGUGCCAUCUCGGGAGAGUGGGCAAGACCUGUGACCUAGGCUCGAAAGGUCGGAGUUGGCCUCGCCUUUGCUGUUGUUCGAUUUUUUCCUCAGCGUUUCCUUUUUUGUUCGAAGGGAUCCUAUCAUUUAGUUUCGUUUGAAGAUUUCAGUAUAUCAUGUCUUCGUUUUUAUACACCCGCAUGAGACAGUCAACGAAGGACAUAUAUCAUGCUUGUCGUUUACCCUUUGUUGGCCGGCAGGGAUGGGUCCUGAUGAUGGCGGAAUGCACGUUGAUGAUACCAGUUUCCGAGACGGGUUGUACGGGCCGUGAAGGGUCGAUGUAUGAACGAACAGGACGGGAGGUGGACUAUGGGAAUCGGGAGCGGUACAAGGUUCAUCGGAAACGUGAGGUCAUGGAACUGCAAGGAAAGUCUCUUUUAUGGUUUAUCUAUAGCGAUGGCAGAAAUACAGAUGAUACCCACUC